GACAACACAACUGUCACCCACACAUCGAGAAGCCGAAGUCGAAGCGGUAUCAUCACGGCGCAAAGCUUCCAUCUUUGUGCGUUUGGCACUCGGCUCCAACCGCCAGCAUCCGAUAUUUUUGACAGUCCAUUUCGCUGUUUCUUCUUUUCUUUCUUACUGACCUUCGUCUGCACCUGUCGCAGAGCAGCAAGCACCCCCGCCCUCCACCGUCCGCCAUGGACAACAUAAACUUCGACAUCAACGAUGCGCUCAAGCAUUAUAUGAGCGAUCCCGCCUCCAUCCCCACCCCGGAGGCGGAUGGCGCGCUGGUUGACUAUGAGAGUGACCCGGAAUCGCUGGCGGACAACGGCAUCAUUAAUGGAGUGCUGAACCCCAUCGUUGAUGCCGUCGCCGAGAACCCGGACGCAAUCACACGAAGCGCCCACUUUGACUCGUUACAGUUCCUUCUCAAAUACACGUCUUUCCUCUCGGCCCACGCCCUGAGCAAGAUAUUCGACCUCAUCACAUCCGGGCUCGCCACCGAAGCCGACAUCAUCCACAACGACCUCGAAUCCGACGAGCAGGAGCUCGUAGCGCAUCACAAGCAGCUGCUCGAGGUUUACGGCUUCCUCCUGCAGUGGACAAUCGCCGCCGUCGAGACCAAAGCCGCCGAGAAAUCCUCGACAACAUCCGCAGCACGCGGCCGCGGCAAGCCCCGGGGCAAGAAAGAUGCAGCAGCCAAGGAUAACAGCUGGGACUCGUCGGCCCAGCUCGAGACAGCGCUCAAUACCAUGUGCAAGGUGUUGCGACUCAAGCUGGGGAAGAUCUUCCUCACCACACCUGAGAGAGAUACCUUUGUAGGGCUACUUACGAGACCAGUCUACAUGAUUCUCGAGAGCGAGCAGCGGGCCAAGAACACCAGCAUCCGCAUGCACGCCUUCAAAGUCUUGUGUGUCGCUGUAAAGCAUCACGGCCAUGGAUACGCCGCGCAAAUUUCAAUCGUCCAGAACUUGACCUAUUUCGAGCACCUGUCAGAGCCGAUGGCCGAGUUCCUACAUAUCCUGGCAGAGCAAUACGACUAUCCACAGCUUGCGGACGAGAUCUUGAGGGAACUCAGUAACAAGGAGUUCAAUAGCAAUGAUACCAAGGGCCCCAAGUCUGUAUCUGCCUUCAUGAUCAAGCUCUCCGAGUUGGCCCCGAGACUGGUGAUCAAGCAGGUGACAUUGAUGGCCAAGCAGCUGGACAGCGAGUCGUACACUCUUCGGAGCGCCUUGAUCGAGGUGUUUGGAAACAUGCUUGCGCAUCUCACCAAGACCGACGAGCGCAGCGAGAACCACAAGACGCAGAUGAAUGCCUUCUUUGACGUCUUGGAGGAACGCUUCCUCGACAUCAACCCUUACUGCAGAUGCCGGACUAUCCAGGUCUAUGUCAAACUCUGCGAUCUCGACCAGAAAUUCCCCAAGCGGCGCCAGAAGGCGGCUGAGCUCGCCUGCCGAAGCCUCGAAGACAAGAGUAGCCACGUCAGGCGAAAUGCCGUCAAGCUGCUCGGGACACUCAUCAGGACACACCCGUUCACUGCCCUGCACGGAGCACAGUUGUCAAGAAAGGACUGGCAGGAGCGUCUCGAGAAGGUAGAAUCGGAGCUCAGUGCUCUGAAGCCCCCUGCCGGCGCCCCCGGGCUGGGCGAAGACAAGGCCAAUACCACUGUUGAUAACGAGCUGCUUGACGAGGCGACUCAGCUAGAGUCACCUAAGAAGCAGGUCUCGGAAAUGACCGACGAGGAAAAGAUUGCGGCGAUCCGAAAAGCCCAAGAAGAGGCUGCCACGUCUGAGGCGAUUGAGAAGCUGACGCUCACCAAGCGGUACUACAGCGAGGCCUUGAAGUUCAUCGACGUGCUGCACGAGGCCACAGGAACGGUCUGCCAACUCCUGGGCUCCAAGAACAAGAGCGAGGUCAUCGAGGCGAUGGACUACUUCGAGAUCGGCGACGCCUACAACAUCGAGCAGAACAAGGUGGGCAUUCGGCGGAUGCUCAGGCUCAUCUGGACCAAGGGCAAUAGCGACGAAGGCAAGGGCGUCCAGACACAUCUCAUCGAUUGCUACAAGCGACUGUUCUUCGAGGCGCCCGACGCCUUCAGCCCCAAUGAUGCCGCGAACUAUAUCGCUCGCAACAUGAUCAGCUUGACCUUUGGUGCAACUCCGGCCGAGCUCACAUCGCUCGAGCAGCUGCUGAGCACGAUGAUGAAAGGCGGCAUGAUCUCGGACAUGGUCAUUGCCAAGCUGUGGCAGGUGUACGGCGUGCAGAGGCGGGAAAUCUCGCGGACCCAGAGGCGAGGCGCCAUCAUCGUCCUCGGCAUGCUCGCCACCGCCAGCCCGGAAAUAGUCGUCGGCGAGAUGGAGACCAUGCUCAGGACAGGUCUCGGUGCCCAUGGACGCGCCGAUCUGCAGCUGGCAAAGUACACUUGCGUUGCUCUGAGCAGGAUCAACCCUACCGGCCGGCAAUCCAAGGACUCUGCGGUUAAGUUCUCCAGGUUGCCUAACGAGCACGCCGUCCUCGCCAAGCUCGCUGCUAUCACCGAGGUGCCGUCCGAGAGUAAGGAGUGGUUCGGCGUGGCCGAACAGGCCAUCAAUGCCAUCUACGCCGUCGCGAGACAUCCCGACGUUCUCUGCUCCGAGAUUAUCCGCCACAAGACCAAGCAGGUCUUUUCCGCGCCUCAGAGCUCCCGGCCCAGCUCGCGCGACGAAACCCAGCAUCCAGAACCCAACUCGGGCGCCGGAGACGAAGGCGAGGACGGUGCAGAGACGACAGUUAUCGGACCAUCGCAAUCUCAGUCGUCGUCGGCCGCCAAGAAGUCGAACAACAAGGACGGCGUCAUCGCGCUCUCGCAGCUCCUCUUUAUCGUCGGCCACGUCGCCAUCAAGCAGAUUGUGCACCUCGAGCUAUGCGAGCUGGACUUUAAGCGGCGCAAGCAAGAGAAAGAGAAGAAUGCCGCGGCAGCCUCCCUCUCAGCCUCGACGUCAUCGCGGAAGUCGGCCGCGGCGAAGGACAAGCCCCAGGACCAGGAGGAAGAAGGGGACGAGCUUGACCUCAUCGGCGGCACCACGGAAGACGACUUCACCGACGCCAUGGCGCACAUCCGGGAGCGCGAGCUCCUCUUCGGACCCAGCAGCCUGCUCGCCCUCUACGGCCCCCUCGUGUCGGAGAUCUGCGCCAACAACACGACCUACAAGGACCGCGGCCUGCAGGCGGCGGCAACGCUCUGCCUCGCCAAGCUCAUGUGCGUGAGCGCCGAGUACUGCGAGGCCAACCUCCCGCUGCUCAUCACCAUCAUGGAACGCAGCACCGACGCGACGGUGCGGUCCAACGCCGUCAUCGGGCUGGGCGACAUGGCCGUCUGCUUCAACCACCUGAUCGACGAGAACACCGACUUCCUGUACCGGCGGCUGGCGGACCCGGAGCCGAGCGUCAAGCGCACCUGCCUCAUGACGCUCACCUUCCUCAUCCUCGCGGGACAGGUCAAGGUCAAGGGCCAGCUGGGCGAGAUGGCAAAGUGCCUCGAGGACGACGACAAGCGCAUCGCCGACCUGGCAAAGAUGUUCUUCUCCGAGCUGAGCACAAAGGACAACGCCGUGUACAACCACUUUGUCGACAUGUUCAGCCUGCUCAGCGCAGACCAGUCGAUACAGGAGGAGAGCUUCAAGAGGGUCAUCAAGUUCUUGCUUGGGUUUGUCGAGAAGGACAAGCAUGCCAGGCAGCUGGCGGAGAAGCUGGCGGCCCGCCUGCCGCGCUGCGACACGGAGCGGCAGUGGAGCGACGUUGCGUUUGCGCUGGGCCUGCUGCAGCACAAGAACGAGGAUAUCACCAAGCUGGUGUCGGAGGGGUUCAGGGUGGUCCAGGCUUCCGCUUGAGAAAGUGGUGUGGAGUUUGUUGGUUACGUACCUACCUUUCCUUUGUUUCCUUUAUCCUGGGGCGUCGUUGGCGUUUCGGGGAUAUCCUGCGCGGGGUUGGGAUGCGUGUAUGCCAUGGUGGAACGGUUGGUUGGUUGUAACGAUAACCGUAUGGACAGUAAUUAUGACAAUGCUUCUUGUCCUGAG